CCUCACACUCCUACUACAUCACCAUAUACUCGACGGCGCUCUUACACAGCUGGGGAGUUCCCGAAAGCACGAUCACUGGGAACCGCCUCAGGCCUGACUUCACGAAGCAGGCGAGUGACCAGCCAGAGCAUCUCGAAGAGAAUCCUAUUCAACCACCCAGCCUCAACUUCGACACCAUGUCUAUGGAGGUUGACCAGCCCAUCAGCUUCCAGCCGGGAGUUGGAAAGACUGCUACUAUCCUUUGUUGUAACUGCGGAGCACCCAUCGACGGCACAGUCUCAGCUGGCGCACUAUGCGGCGACUGCAUAAAAGCCACCAUCGACAUCACCCAAGGAAUCCAGCGCGAAGGCACACUCCACCAAUGCCGCGAUUGCGACCGAUGGCUUUCACCUCCGAAUCAAUGGCUCGUAGCUCAAAUGGAGAGUCAAGCACUACUCGCUAUCUGCCUUCGAAAGCUUCGUGGCAUAAACAAGGUCCGACUCACAGACGCAUCUUUCAUCUGGACGGAGCCGCAUUCGAGGCGGAUAAAAGUGAAGAUCACAAUACAGUCGGAGUUCGAAGGAGCUAUUCUACAGCAGACGUUUGAUGUGGAGUUUGUGCAGGCCUCGCAGCAGUGCCCAGAGUGUGCGAAGAGUUACACACACAAUACUUGGAGGGCGGUGGUCCAAGUUCGGCAGAAAGUUCCCCAUAAGCGCACAUUCCUGUUCCUGGAACAGCUCAUCCUAAAACACCAGGCACACAACAAUGCGAUCAACAUCAAAGAGUCAUCAGAGGGCAUCGACUUCUUCUUUGCACAACGAAAUUCUGCUGAGAAAUUCGUUGACUUCCUAAAAUCGGUUGUUCCCUGCAACAUGAAGAAGUCAUCGGAGCUCAUUAGCAAAGACAUUCACACAUCGACAAGUCAAUACAAAUUCACCUUCUCCAUCGAGCUCAUCCCCAUCUGCAAAGACGAUCUGGUGGCCCUUCCUAUCAAGCUCGCCAAGUCCAUCGGAAACGUCAACCCCCUCACACUCUGCUACCGGAUAGGAACCUCAGUGAAUCUAAUAGAUGUCACGACUUUACAGACCGCCGAUGUCUCCACAGAAAUCUACUGGCGAGCUCCGUUCCGCCCUCUAGCCGACGUUCAGGAGCUCGUCGAGUUCGUUGUCCUCGACAUUGAACCACUCGGCCCCUCGAAGGGUCGGUUUGCUCUCGCUGAAGCUACUGUCGCGCGGGCCUCUGACAUGGGCGCUAACGAUGCAACCUUCUACACCCGGACGCAUCUUGGCGGUGUACUACACCCUGGCGACUCUGUCAUGGGUUACCUCAUCACUGGCACAAACUACAACAACGAGCACUUCGACGCUCUUGAAGAGUCUAAGUACGCGAGCACUAUCCCGGAUGUAGUGUUAGUGAAGAAGCACUACCCGCGACGCAAGAAGGGCAAGAGUCGCAACUGGCGUCUCAAGCGCAUGGCAAAGGAAGAGUCGGAGAUGGCACCACGGAAACAGGACCAGGCACGUAUGGAGCAGGACUUCGAGAUGUUCCUUCGGGACGUCGAAGAAGAUACUGAACUCAGGGCUGGCUUGGCGGUGUACAAGGCACAGCAGCAGGCGAAGGCGGACAAAGCGGCAGUGGACGCGAUGGAGGAGAGUGAUGAUGAUGACGAGGAAGGUCCCGUUAUACCGAUGGAACAGUUGCUGGAUGAGUUUGAGGAUUUGACGAUGGCGGAUGGGGAUGGGGUGGAAGUGCAUUGAGGUAUAGGAGCUAGCGGCAAGGCCCAUCUUCAAAAAUGACUAUACCCAGUUACCUUUCCGUCACAGGAGUUAAUUGCGGUUGAGGGAAAAAACCUUCAUAAAAACAAUUCCACAAUCUAGCAAGAGUGAUAUG